AUUAAUUUAUUUGUAUUAUUUUUUGACCAUGUUCAAUAAAAAAAAGAAUAUUACGGGGAAAGGUUACCUCCCCUUUCUCUGCUUUGCCCGCCCAGAGAUUCUGUCUCGACCGCCCAUGAGAAAAUGAGCUACGACCGUGUGAGUGGCGUGCCACAUUCUUCCCUUGAGAGACAUCAUGGCUCGCAAACGAGCCUCGCAAUUGCUCAGUGUUUGGAUGUAGAAAUCAACACAAGUCUGUUUUUGAAUUUCUUCAUCCAAGCCUCGGAAGAAGCAGUGGGUUAAUGGUAUUGUCUCUGGAAAUGCGCCAGUCUGCGCAAAACAUUUCACUGACCACUGCCUCCUCAACUUGGGCCAAUGCAGAGCUAGACUUGCUCAAUGUCGGAAAAGCAAGUCUAGCUCAGUAACAAACCUCCUUGGCUCAGCUACAAACCUCGAAAAAGACAUUAGAUCAAGUGCUUACAUUCAGCAGCUUCUCUCAAGGGAUGUUGCCUGCCAGACAGACCACCUGGAAACGCAUACUGUAGGCACACAGCUAUCCUUAAAGACUUUAAAGCCCCAUUUUACAAGUGAAGUGUGGUUAAGAGCCUGGAGCGCGGCGAGCGGCUGGUCUGCCGCGAGCGGCUGAGUGUGCAGCAGCAGACCCCAGACACCAUAUCAAUCAAGGUUGAGGAGGAUAUUGGUGGAGGCAUGCCCGCUGGAGAAGACGGCAUUGACAUCAGAGACUGCAGCACGCAGCGCGGCGCCACCUCGGAGAGUCUGCGUGUUGACGCCCCUGGCUCCUCCCACAUGUCAAGUAACAGCGGGGAGCUGCGGAUCCUGGGCGUCUACGGACAAGGGGAGGGCUCACUGGCGGUGGACGGCCAUGACACCCUCUUUGCCGCGUCAGAACCUGAGGCCUUGAGCUCGCUGUCCGCUGACCACAGCUUGGCCAAGAGCCUGAACUGCAGCGUGAGGCUCGUCCACCUUGAGGAGCUGACUGGGCAUCAGGGCGGCCGCAUGGGCCGGCCCGGUGUCUUGGGUGGCAAGGUUAUUCCCAACAAUGCCAAUAUGAUCCACACCCACGAGGAGCCGUACGUGUGCGACCAAUGCAUGAUGUGCUUCAGUCGAAAAGGCUACCUGAAGGUCCACAUGAGGACUCACUCCGGGGAGAAGCCGUUCAGGUGUGACCAAUGCACAAAGCGCUUCAGUCAGAGCGGGUCCCUGAAGGUCCACAUGAGGACUCACUCCGGGGAGAAGCCGUACAAGUGUGCCCACUGCAUCAAGUGCUUCAGUCAGAACGGGGCGCUGAAGGUCCACAUGAGGACUCACUCCGGGGAGAAGCCCUACAAGUGUGACCAAUGCACGAUGAGCUUCAGUCUGAAAAGCCACAUGAAGGGCCACAUGAGGACCCACUCCGGGGAAAAUCCCUAUAAGUGUGAGCAAUGCACGAUGCGAUUCAGAAAGGAAAGCUCCCUGAAGAUCCACAUGUGGACUCACCCUGGGGAGAAGCCCUACAGGUGUGACCAAUGCACGAUGCGCUUCAAAAAGAAAAGCCACCUGAAGAUCCACCUAAUGAUUCACUCCGGGGACAAGCCCUACAAGUGUGACCAAUGCACGAAGCGCUACACUCAUAUUUCCGCCCUGAAGACACACAUGAGGACUCACACCGGGGAGACGCCCUACAAGUGUGACCAAUGCACGAAGCGCUUCAGUCUGAAAGGCACCCUGAACAGACACAUAACGACUCACUCCGGGGAGAAGCCCUACAAGUGUGACCAAUGCACGAAGCGCUUCGGAGAGAAAUCCAAGCUGAAGCGUCACAUGAGGACUCACUCCGGCGGGAAGCCGUACGGGUGCGACCAAUACAUGAAGAGCUCAGUGGUCGAGCAAGAACAUUUUCAGUGGGAUGGCCAGGAAGUCUGCGAUGCCUUUGGAGACCGUAGCACGCAGCGCAGCGCCACCUCGGAGAGUCUGGGUGUGGACGCCCCUGGCUCCUCCCACCUGGCCAGUCACAGGGAGGAGCUGAAGAUUGUGAUCGUCCACGAAGAAGGGGACGGUCAACUGGUGGUGGACGGCCAUGAUACCCUCUUCACCGCGUCAGAAGUGGAGGCCCUGAACUCGCUGUCUGCAGACCACAGCGCGGCCAAGAGCCUGGAGCGCGGCGAGCGGCUGUUCUGCCGUGAGGAGCUGAGUGUGCAGGUUGGAAAUCAUCUUCUUAUUCAUCACCCAAAAGAGAAGCUUCCUCUGUUACAACUCCAGCACACACCCAUAGAAAGCACACACCUUUGUGAUUCGAUAUGUCAUUAGUGGGGAUUCACAACUAAUCUUUGCAAAUGAAAGAAUAUGUCUUGUGUCUUUUUUCUUCUUUAUGUGGAAAGCAGCAGACCCCAGACACCAUUUCAAUCAAGGUUGAAGAGGAUAUUAGUGGAGACAUGCCCGCUGGAGGUUAGCAAUACACAUUG